AUGCAGCCGCCGGCCAGACGGACUUUGCUGCUUCUUCUAGUGGUUUUGUUAACGCAAGACUGCUUCUCAUCCAAGGCGGAGGACCGGCUGUUCAAGAAACUGUUCAGAAGAUACAACCAGUUCAUCAGACCAGUGGAGAACGUCUCCGACCCAGUCACUGUGGAGUUUGAGGUUUCCAUCUCGCAGCUGGUCAAAGUUGAUGAGGUGAAUCAAAUCAUGGAAACAAACUUAUGGCUCAGACAUAUAUGGAAUGACUACAAGCUGCGAUGGAUGCCGGUUGAGUUUGACGGGAUCGAGUUCAUUAGAGUUCCAUCGAACAAGAUCUGGAGACCUGAUAUUGUGCUCUACAACAAUGCUGUAGGUGACUUCCUUGUGGCAGAUAAGACCAAGGCUCUGUUGAAGUUUGAUGGCACCAUCACCUGGGUUCCUCCGGCCAUUUUCAAAUCCUCCUGCCCCAUGGACAUCACUUAUUUUCCCUUUGACUAUCAAAACUGCUCCAUGAAGUUUGGCUCCUGGACGUAUGACAAAGCCAAGAUUGACCUGGUACUUAUUGGAUCCAAGGUGAACCUGAAAGACUUCUGGGAGAGCGGCGAGUGGGAAAUCAUCGAUGCUCCGGGCUACAAGCAUGAUAUCAAGUACAACUGCUGCGAGGAGAUCUACCCCGACAUCACCUACUCCUUUUACAUCCGGCGGCUGCCACUCUUCUACACCAUCAACCUCAUCAUCCCCUGCCUCCUCAUCUCUUUCCUCACGGUGCUGGUUUUCUAUCUCCCGUCUGACUGUGGAGAGAAGGUCACGCUCUGUAUCUCCGUCCUGCUCUCCCUCACUGUGUUCCUACUCGUUAUCACCGAGACCAUCCCCUCCACGUCGCUGGUCAUCCCGCUCAUUGGAGAGUACCUGCUCUUCACAAUGAUCUUCGUCACCCUCAGCAUCGUCAUCACCGUGUUCGUGUUGAACGUACACUAUCGCACGCCGAUGACCCACACCAUGCCGGACUGGGUGCGCUCGGUGUUUCUCAAAGUGCUGCCGAGGAUUAUGCUGAUGCGGAGACCGAUUGAUGAAGACAGCAAGGCUGGGGGGUUGGACAGCAGUGGGGAGGUAGGAGGAGCUGGAGGGGGAGGAGGAGGCGGAGGAGGGAAGAAGAGGAAGAAGAAUUUAAUGCAGCAGGUCGGAGGAGGCUCCCUCAACUGUCUGGAGUUUGGGGACAGUAAGCUGUCCUCCGUGGAUGGCUGCACUGGGAAGAAAUGCCCUUGCCCGUGCCAGCAUGGAAACGAGAGUGCAGAGACUUCAGACAAGAUGCCGCGACAGCUGAGUCCGCAGAGCAUCAACACGGUGGUGGCCUUCUCUGUGGUUUCACCUGAGAUUAAACAGGCCAUAGAGAGCGUGAAGUACAUCGCUGAGAACAUGAGGAGCCGCAACAAGGCCAAAGAGGUGGAGGAUGACUGGAAGUACGUUGCCAUGGUGAUUGAUAGAAUCUUCCUUUGGGUGUUUGUGACCGUGUGCAUCUUGGGAACGACAGGCCUCUUCAUCCAGCCGCUUUUUGGCUUCUUCUCAUAA